ACGGAAGCGGCUCCAGCUUCCCGAGCCCCGGUCUCCUCGGAUUGGUUUUUGCGGCUGCACACGCGCGGUCGUUCUGCGGUCGGGAGUGAGGGCAGUGAUGGCGACCUUUGUGAGCGAGCUGGAGGCGGCCAAGAAGAACCUGAGCGAGGCGCUGGGCGAUAACGUGAAGCAAUACUGGGCUAACCUGAAAUUGUGGUUCAAGCAGAAAAUCAGCAAAGAAGAAUUUGACUUGGAAGCUCAUCGGCUCCUCACACAGGAAAAUGUACAUUCCCACAAUGAUUUCCUCUUGGCUAUUCUCACUCGUUGUCAGAUUUUGGUUUCUGCACCAGAGGGUGCUGGGUCUUUACCCUGGACAGGAGGUUCUGCAGCUAAACCUGGAAAGCCCAAAGGAAAGAAAAAACUUUCUUCAGUCCGACAGAAAUUUGAUCAUAGAUUCCAGCCUCAGAAUCCUCUGUCAGGAGCUCAGCAGUUUGUGGCAAAGGAUCCACAAGAUGAUGAUGAUUUGAAACUUUGUUCUCAUACUAUGAUGCUUCCUACUCGGGGCCAGCUGGAAGGGAGAAUGAUAGUAACUGCGUAUGAGCAUGGGCUGGACAAUGUCACUGAAGAGGCAGUGACUGCCGUUGUGUAUGCAGUGGAGAAUCACCUCAAAGAUAUUCUGACAUCAGUGGUAUCAAGAAGAAAAGCUUACCGUUUAAGAGAUGGUCAUUUUAAAUAUGCAUUUGGUAGCAAUGUGAAUCCACAGCCUUACCUAAAGAAUAGCGUUGUAGCAUACAAUAACUUAAUUGAAUGCCCUCCAGCAUACUCAGUUCCUUCUGCGGGUCAGAAUCCAGCUUCCCACCCGCCUCCUGAUGAUGCAGAGCAGCAGGCGGCUCUCCUGUUAGCUUGCUCAGGGGAUACUUUGCCAGCUUCGUUGCCUCCUGUAAACAUGUAUGACCUCUUUGAAGCGCUGCAGGUGCACAGAGAAGUGAUUCCUACACAUACAGUAUAUGCACUGAACAUUGAAAGGAUCAUCAUGAAACUCUGGCAUCCAAAUCACGAAGAGCUUCAACAGGACAAAAUUCAUCGGCAACGUUUGGCAACUAGGGAGGGGCUGCUGCUCUGCUGAUGUAACCGCUGAGGUCCGAGGGCGUUGAACUCUUAGCAAGUGGAUGUCUGAGAACUGAAUUUUUUUGUGUUUACAUUUCAAGGCUGAAAUGUGCAAUGCAUAACCACUUCCUAUGGAAAUGACUUGUGUUAAUGUAUUUAUGUGCUACUAUGAAGCCAUAGCAUAAACUUGACCUUUGUUAAUGAUCCAUCUCUUCUUAAUAGCAUCCCCCACUCUUAAUCCCCUUGCCCAAAGCAGAUGCUGUUUCUGCUAUAGGGAUUCAAAGCUGAUUCACUUGUGAGAAAUUUAGUACCAAGGACUAGCUGGAGUGUAGCCUUGGGGCCUGCAGCUAUUUUGCCUGGUUUGCGUGAGUAAUUGUCUUUGAAGAGCUUUUAUGUACCCUCUUUUCCAUGAUCAGAAGAAAGAUCCAGGUGUUGAGUGAAGGGCUGUCUGUCGAUCCACAUUCCAGCAGAGACAACGUAGGCACUUUCAGAAGUCAAAAAAACCACUUCAAUGUUACAUUUAAAUGAUGUAAAUGGUCUCUUAAUUACCCAGUUAUUUCAGCUCCAUAGAACCAUAACUUAGUAUUGCUGCAGAUGGCUACAUGCCUUUUCUUUGCAUUAAAAAAAAUCUACUCUUCAGGAAUGCAAUAAUAAACACAAAAUUACUUCCAUAAUUAACAUUUCUCCAUAGAGCUAGUCUUCCUGCCAAGUCCUUAGGACCACCAUUUUGUCACACGUGCACAAAAUUAUCUGUGCUUAAUAAUUGGAUCUCCUUGAUUUAAAGUUAUGUGGCUUUAGUUAGAAUAACAUCUGGUCAUGUCUCUGAUGCUACCUGGAGACUGACAUUGCUAACAAUUGAAGUGAUGUAGGCAGACCAGUUAAAAUACAGCUGUAUGCAUACACACACACACACGUAUAUGUGUACAUACGUUACCUAUAAAUGUUCUUACGACAAAGUAGUUUUAUCCUUUGAUGUUACAAAUUGGGACUUGAAGAAAAAUGAAUUCUUUUAAAAAUAAUUACAUGGCAAAUAUUGCCCUUCAUAGGGCUGAAUAUGACAUGAAACACUGCUUUUUGUUUUCUCAGCAGAACUUUAAAAGUCGAAUAUGAGAAGGUUUUGUGAUGUUCAUAGUAAAUGCUGUUUCAGGACAAUCUGUAUUCAAAAUGAACUUUUUAGUACAAUUGUGAAAAGCCUUUUCAGUUGGGAUAGGAGAACACUCCAUUUCUGGGGUUUUAGAAGUUUGUUUGUUUUUUUAACUGAUCUACCUAUCUAAACCUUUUUUUUUCCUUGAAUGGCUAUAGUUGAAUAGCUAAGACUGAACAAGAGUUAACAAUUUUUUUUCAGUGUUUUAGUACUGUUGUUGAUGGUUAGCAGAGUUAAAAACCUUGUCUAAGAGGCUUCUAAUUCAUUCUGAGGGUAGUGUAUGGCUUGUAGUAGGGCUGGACACUUGAUGGAUAAUGGGAAGAAGCCUAAUUCUAGGUUUCUAUGUUCUGUCAAUGGGAGGACCAUGCACAGAUGGGUUUCAUAGGUCAUUAAACUGGUUCAUUGAUUAUUUCUCA